AUGACCUGGGUCUACAACUUCGGCUCUGGGAAUGCGGACGGCCGAGCCGAGAUGAAGAACCUGCUGGGCGGCAAGGGUGCCAACCUCGCAGAGAUGGCUUCGAUCGGGCUUCCCGUUCCGCCGGGCUUCACCCUGACAACGGAGGUCUGCACAUAUUACUACCAGAACGACUGCCAGUAUCCUGCUGACCUCAAGGAGCAGGUUAAGAAGGCCCUGGCUCUGGUCGAAACAAGGACUGGGCGCAAGUUCGGGGACGCCGCAAAUCCCUUGCUGGUCUCCGUGCGCUCCGGCGCUCGUGCCUCCAUGCCUGGCAUGAUGGACACCGUUGCACGGCUGUCUCAAGAGUUUUGGGCUUAG